AUGGUGGUGAAAAUGAAACAGAUCAUGCGGUGGCCGCCGUGGCCUCCGCUCUUCGCCGUCAAAUUCGACGUGGUCGUCGUCGUCCACAAACUCGAGGGUCUGGAUUCUGUCGGCGAUUGCGAUAGUACUACCGUUGGUGAUCAGAGUCUGAGGAGAGGCACGACGAGGAAGAAACCGGUCGUUGAGAUCAAAUGGAAAGGACCCAAAACCGUUACUCUCAAACGCUCCGUCGUACGGAAUUUCACCGAGGAAGGCGGAUUUCGCGGCGACGGCGUCGUCGAGUGGAACGAAGAGUUUAAGAGGGUUUGCGAAUUCUCUGUUUACAAAGAAGGAGAGUUUCUUCCAUGGCUCGUUUCUUUCACCGUCUUUAAUGGACUGAAUCAAGGAUCGAAGGAGAAAGUUCGUAGCUUUGGAAAGGCAUCACUGAACAUUGCAGAGUACUUUUCAUUGAUGAAAGAAGAUGAUGUUCAAGUCAAAGUGCCGCUGAAGAUCCGUGGCUCUUCAUCAUCAUCAUCAUCUGCACGGAGUCCAUGUCUUCAUAUAUCUCUUCAGUUCUCCCCAAAAGAAUCAUUGCCUGAAAGACAGAGAUCUGCUCUUCCUGUUCUGUGGUCUCCUCUUUCCGCAGAGGCCGAGAAAGCCGAGUCUGUUGUAAAAGUAGGCCUGCGAAAGAUGAAAACUUUCAACCAUUGCAUGUCAAACCGCCAGUCAUCGGAAAAGGAGACUAGUAAGAAAGAGGGAAGCAGCGGAAGCGGAAGUGAAAGCAAAAGCCCUGAGAGAAGUCUUGACUCCGAGUCUUCUUAUCCUUGUGAUACAGAUUCUCUGGAUGAAGGCGGCGAUGCUGAUGCUGCGGAUGAAUCAGAAGAGAACAAGGAGAAUGCAAGCGGCGUGGCUGAUCCUGUUAACUACAAAACACUCCGGCACGCGAAUUGGGCUAGAGGCUCUUUUCAUGCUGACACAAACCCUGAGGAUGAUGAUUUGAUAUACUACAGCCAUCGCAGUCCAUUAGCAGAGACCGGGGAUUGCUGUGAUGAGGUUUCAAAUAGUGCAGUGAGCUCGGAGCAGGCGAAGAAGAGAAUGUUGUCUUGGAAGAAGAGAAGACUCAGUUUUAGAUCUGCUAAACAGAAAGGCGAACCUCUUCUUAAGAAGGACUGUCUUGAAGAAGGUGGUGAUGAUAUCGAUUUUGACCGUAGACAACUAAGUUCAUCCGAUGAGUCUACCUCUGAUUGGUACAGGUCUGAUGAUUCAACCAUGAAACCAUUAUCUGAGUUUGGAGACGAUGACUUUGUUGUUGGUAGUUGGGAGAACAGAGAGAUUAUAAGCCGUGAUGGGCUGAUGAAACUCACGGCUCGAGUGUUUCUCGCUUCGAUCGAUCAAAGAAGCGAGAGAGCUGCUGGAGAAAGCGCCUGCACAGCCUUAGUAGCGGUGAUGGCGCAUUGGUUAGGAUCCAACAGAGACAUAAUCCCAACAAGGUCAGAAUUUGACAGUCUCAUCAGAGAAGGAUCAUCCGAGUGGAGAAAUCUCUGCGAAAACGAGGAGUACCGGGAGCGGUUUCCAGACAAACAUUUCGACUUGGAGACUGUUCUCCAGGCUGAAGUCAGACCCAUCUGUGUAAUCCCGGAGAAGUCAUUCAUCGGUUUUUUCCAUCCAGAGGAAGAGGAAGAAGGAAAAGAAGACGCAAGUCUAGAUUUUCUGAAAGGCGUAAUGUCCUUUGAUUGUAUCUGGGAAGAGAUCAUGAAGCAAGAACCAGAAGAGUCAGGAAGCGAACCUGUGAUCUACAUUGUAAGCUGGAAUGAUCAUUUCUUCGUCCUCCUCGUGGACCAUGAUGCUUAUUACAUCAUCGACACGCUUGGAGAGAGGCUCUACGAGGGUUGCAACCAAGCUUAUGUCUUGAAAUUUGACAAAGAUGCAGAGAUCCAGAGGUUACAGCAACCCGUUAAGGACAUAGGAAACCAGAUACCAGGAGGUGGUAAGAACAAGUCAGAGCAACCGGAGAGUUCAACAGAACCAGAGGAACAAGAAGACGAAGAAGAAGUAGUAGUGUGUAGAGGUAAAGAGUCGUGCAGGGAGUACAUAAAGAGCUUUCUCGCUGCGAUUCCAAUACAACAAGUGAAAGCUGAUAUGAAGAAGGGACUGGUUUCGUCUCUGCAUCACCGUCUCCAAAUCGAGCUUCACUACACCAGACACAAUCACCAUCACCAUCGCCAUCAACCAAAUCUGCUGCUUGAAGCCUCUGCAAGUGAAGCAACUGUGUCUGAAGCUGCUGUGUCUAUGACAGUGGCUUGGUCACUGGCGAGCCAAUUCAGCAAUAGUGGUGGGUUUGGUUGCGAGAUAGUAGAGCUUUUGGGGGUUGAAGUUUGA